CCCAUUUCCGCGAACCGUCAUCCGCAUUCAUUCGAUUUAUCAAAAAAGUGAAAGACGUCAGCUUCUAAUUUUUAAUAACUUAUUGAUCCAAUAUGACUUCGACAUCGUUCAACGUCGGUCUGCAAGACAACACGCGGCUGUCGUCGCGCGUGCUGCGGCCCCCGGGCGGCGGCCACACGGACAUCUUCGGCGGGGAGCCGGAGCCCACCCGCGGCCGCCGCGCCGGCCCGCCACCCGCCUCGACCAACCACACCGUCGGCCAAGGUGAUAUUCCCGCGAAGCCGAUGAACGGUGCCGAAGCGCCAACCCAGAACGGUCAGGAAGCUAAAGAGCAGCCUCAGCCUCAAGCCCAACCCCAAGCGGAGCAGCCCCAGCCGCAGCCCCAAGCGGAGCAGCCCCAAGCCAAGAUCACCCCGGAAGCACCCAAAGCCUCCCCAGCGGUGACCCCAACCGAAAAGACUGAGCCACCCAAGAGAGUCAGAGUGCCCCCAGGCGGUUUCUCAUCGGGCCUGUGGUAAGGCGUGGACUCGGGACCAGUAGUUUAUUUAAGUGCCUUUGAUGUGCUAAGCUUCUGUGUACAUAUCGGGCUAGAAUUGGAUUUGUGACACUGGUAUAGUGCAACUGUGUCUUUUGGGAACUAGUGUUGAAGUUUCCUGAAAGAUUUGAUUAACCUUCUUACUAACAAAGAUAUUUACGCAUUGUGGUCAAGCUGUCUGUCUUUGUCAGCCAUUAGACAUUUCUAAUAGGCCAGAAAAAGACAACCAUAUAAUGUAGUUACUUGCAAUGCUAUAUUUUUAUUAGUAAGAGGAUAUUAGUUGUGCUGUAGCCGUGUAAUGUUUUAGGUAAGGUUGACAAAAUAUCUAAGGGUAGUAACUGGCAUCCUAUAGUGCUGCUGUGUGUGCCCAAGGAUAGUGCAGGGAAAAUUAAUUUUGACCAGUCACAGAAUGUCUGUUACAGUUUAUGAGCAUGUGUAUGCAGAAGUUAAAUGUUUGUUUCGCUGGUCCCUUUGCUAGUUUUUAUGUUUGAUGGAAUUUUUUAUUUCCUCGCAAGGUAAUUUUAUUUACUCAAUUCUACAUAUUAUGUAUUCACAUGAGCUAUUUACUUAUUUUACUUGGGUAUUUUUACUCCGCUUGUGUCAAAAUGACAAUGUUUAGCUCGGAAGUCACAAAGGUAGGACUAAUUUUAGUGUGUAGGUUGUAUGGUCCAUUCUGGGGUGAGUAUGAGUCCUUGUCACUUGCAGUGAGAAAGUGUCUAUAAUUUGUAUGGUAUAGAAACUCAAUGUUAUACAAAUUAUAGUUAACUGUAUUCUUGAAAAGUGUCAUUAGCUCACACUUUCAUAUUUUACCUUGGGUUUCUACGUUGAGAUUUCUCAUGUUUAUGACGUAAAAGAUCCUUUCAUAGGUGAAACUCAGAUGUAUGGAUAUUGUUGGACUUUUGGCGAGAUUCGAUCUCUAAGCGUUUUUCUUGCAAAUGGAUGCUGAUUUUAUUUAGGACUGACAUGUGCAUAUUAAUGUGUACUUAAACCUAGUUGUACUGCAUUUAGCAUUUUUUAAACUAAAUUUAAUAAUUUUGUACGCCUUCUCUAGUUGCGAUUAUGUAUAUUCAAAAUGAUUGUAUUUUUAUAUAAAUUAAAAUACUGAAAAUGC